UUACAGUAUUUGGUUGAUAUAUUUCAGCAGCUCAUUAUUUUAAAUACUAGCAUGCAAGGGAAAGAAGAAAACAUUCUAAUGUGCACUGACAAAAUGAAAGCUUUCCAAAGAAAACUUAAGAUUUGGAAACAAAAAGCUGUCGAAGGGAAUUGUUAAAUCAAAGUGAAACAGGCAUAAAUGAAAGACUUCUGUUAAUAGUUGACCAUUUAGCAAGUUUAGAAGAAAAAUUGAGUUCGUAUUUCCCAUCACUGAAAACUGAACAAUAUGACUGGAUCAGAAACCCAUUCGUGGAAACUCCCAAUGAUUUCAAAUUAACAUUGAUAGAAGAGGAGGAACUUGCUGCUAUAUCUACUGACCAUGGAUUAAUGAUGAAACAUAAGGAACUGUCACUUGAGGCUUUCUGGAUUUUUGUAAAAGAUGAAUAUGUUUUGAUUUCUAAAAAAAUCUAUUACAAUUUUGCUGCAAUUUUCAACUUCAUAUCUAUGUGAAUUGGGAUUUUCCACUCUUUCUACUAUCAAGUACUAAAAACGAGGAACACUUACAUGCAUUGAUGAAAAACUUAGAGUUUGUCUUUCAAACAUAUACCCAAACAUUGAAGAAAUUGCCAAGAUACAUCGAGCUAAUGUUUCCCAUGAACUAAAGAAUGAAGAAUCUUAAGCAAUAAGAAAAUCAUAAUUGAUACAGACCCUGGUAUCGAUGAUGCUCAGGCUAUUUUGAUGGCCUUGGGUAAGGACAGCAGUGUAGAUGUUGUUGCCAUAACAACUGUUCAGGGCAAUGUCCCUGUUAUGAAUACUAGUUUGAACACGCUAAGGUUGCUGAAGGUAGCCAAUAGACUAGAUAUUCCAGUGUUUCAAGGUUGUAAGCAUCCAUUAAUGCAAACAGUCCAGCAUGCCCAAUAUUAUCAUGGCAAAGAUGGUUUUGGAGAUGUUGCAGACAGUGAAGCACCGGGUUUGGAUCACCUUCAGAAGGAACAUGCUGUAAAUGCUUUAAUUCAUCUUGUGAACCAAAACCCAGGGGAGUUACAUCUUGUUUGCUUAGCUCCUCUUACUAAUAUAGCCACUGCAAUUACCUUAGAUCCAGAUUUUGGUUCAAAACUCAAGAGUUGCUAUAUGAUGGGUGGAAAUUAUAAAGGAGUUGGCAACGUAUCAAGAAGUGCUGAAUUCAACUUUUACAAUGACCCAGAAGCAGCAAGCAUUGUUCUUAAGAAACUUUCUUGUCCAAUAACACUGAUAACAUGGGAACUAUGCGAAGAUUUAAAGCAACCUACAUCUUUUUUUAAAAAGCUGCUAUCACAUCCUGGCAAGAAAACUGCCCUUAUGCAAAAAGUCUUCAAAAGUGCAAUGAAACUGGUGGAGACACGCCAACGCUAUGCAGUAAUGUGUGAUGAACUAGCUAUAGCAGCUAUCAUGAAUGAUCAGUGUGUGUUAGACAGUGUGGAACUUUAUGCAGAAGUAGAACUGAAUGGAUCUAUAACCAGAGGUCAAAUGGUACCAGAUUGGAGAAACAUAACAGGCAAGCCAGGUAAUGUUCGGAUUGUGACAAAAAUGGAUAUGAACAUUGUAGAAGACAUCUUGAAGAAAUGUUAUGAUUUUUAAACCACAGACAUUAUAUGUGCAUGCAUAACCUUCUGAUGUCACGUGACAGUUGUAAACAACAAUAUUGUUAUACAAAUGGUCUCUUUCAUUUCCAGUUUUCUGGGAAAACAUGAAUCUCAUUGUACUGAUGCAAGCAUGGAAGAGUGAACUUUAUAAUGAUGAUGAUGUUGAUACAUUGAAACAAGUGUGUGUGUGUGUGUGAAGGUGGUUGUGUAUGAAUAAAAUGGAAAAUGUUAAAAGA